GUUCUCUCCCAUAUGCACGGCGCGUAUCCAUCAAUACCUAUGCCUCUCGACCCAACGAAUGAGGCAGUUUGGCGUCAAACGGCAGGCGCGAACACACCUCUCCCCGGGUCUUCUCAAUAGGCGCGAAAGGCGUCAAGCUGGGUCAGUUAUGCCAUGCGCUGGGGGAUGGCGAAGGCACGUGACUCAGAUGCUGCAGCAGCCCACUAAAACGGUCACAUCUGGCGCCUUGCUGGGCAGCUUGAGAUUAUGAGAGAUUCGCCCGCGUGAUGACGAUUGAAACUCAUCGAACCGGCAUUCGAAUCCCGUGACGUGACUUCGUUUCCUCGUCACUCCCACGAUCCUCGCCGCCGCGCCAAUCUAACCACCACAGUGGAACGUGUUGCGUCGCGACGCGACACGAAACCAGCGACGAUCAACGCGCGGCGCAAAUAUAACUUCGGAUAGGUUAUCCAGUGGUUGACAUCAGUCGUUUCGAAUGAUCAAACCAAAGAGGACGUGUUUUUAAACAGUUUCGUACUGAGUCAGGUUCACGCGUACCCCCGUCGAUCGGUAGCGGAUCAGUGAUCAACAACAGUGUUAACCAUCGUCGUAGCGCGCCGCAAGAUGGCAUCAAGUUUGCUGAUAAUAGUGUCGUUAGCGCUUUAUGCGUCGUCCGAAAUUAACGCACAAAGUCCAACCUGUACCACACCUAGCAACACCCCGGGUCAGUGCAUACCGGUGGACCGAUGUCGGAACAUCAUCAAGAUUUUCACCCUGCAAAGGCCAAUUUCGGCACCCCAGCUGCAGUACAUCCGCCAAUCGGUUUGCCACCUGCCGGAUGUGAAAUACGCCGUGUGCUGCCAGCUGAACGAGAUCGAUCCGGUCAAAUCGCUCCUGCCAACGGAUUGCGGUGUCACAACGGACGAGCGGAUUUCCAACGGCGAAGCUACUGGAGUGUUUGAAUUUCCCUGGAUGGCCCUGCUGCGGUAUCGGGAGUUCCAUGGGGACGUUGUCGAUGGAUGCGGCGGGUCGUUGAUAAACGAACGCUACGUUCUGACGGCGGCCCACUGUCUGAAGGUCAAGAGCAAAACACUAGACCACGUCCGGUUGGGAGAGCAUAACAAAAAGACCGAUGUCGAUUGCCAAGCACGGGAUGAGGACUGUGCCGGACCGGUACUGGACGUCAAGGUGGAACAAUCCAUCAUCCAUCCGCAGUACAAUAUGCCCAAGUUUUCCAACGACAUUGGGCUGAUUAGGUUGCGGCAUGCGGUCAAGUUUCAAGACCACAUCAAGCCAAUCUGCCUCCCGGUGACGGCAGAUUUCCAGAAAAUGAUCUUCCCCCGGUACAUCCUCACCGGAUGGGGCAAAACAGAGAACGACCAGCUGUCGGAUGUCCUCCAGAAGGCAACCCUUCCCCGAAUCGACAACGAACAGUGCAUGCAAAUCUUCAAACGCAACCAGCUGUACAUCACCCUAACGGACAAACAGAUGUGCGCCGGCGGUAAAGGUUUCGUCGACAGCUGCCGGGGAGAUUCUGGCGGACCACUGGGAAUGGUUGGCAAGCUGAACAAAGCGCCGCGCUUCAUCCAGUUCGGGGUGGUUUCCGUCGGAAGCAACACCUGUGGUACGCAGAACGUUCCCAGCAUCUACACCCGAGUCGGCCAGUACAUGGACUGGAUCGUGGAGAACUUGCAACCAUCGUGAAAGCCACCCUCACCCCUAACGCAUUUCAACCUGUACAGGGAUUUCUCAUUGCCAAAAACUCAUUUUAAUAUUUAAGCUUGAAAAUAAAUAAUAUUUAUGGAAUAAAUCACUUACCGCGAGA